AAGGAGUGCGGGGGUCGUGGGCGAUCUCAGCCUGGGGACUCCACGAAGUAGGGGUGGGGGCGCGGGGCAGGUGUCCGGGUGCAGCCCAAGGGAUACCUCCCUCUGGCACCCAUUUCGUCGGGUACGCGCCCUCCGCCCGCGGGAGCCGGGCCGUGGGGGCGACCGCCCCGAGCAUGCGCACCCGUUCUGCUGCGGGUAGGCGCCGAGUCCAGGCGCGGGGACGCGGGGCGGCACGAAGUGGGGCCCUCUGCCGCCCCGCGCUCCCAUGUACGCCUUCUACUCGCUGCUCAUCUACAUCUUCUACAGCCUCUUCCGCAGGGAUGGCGGGGCCGCGGCAGCCGCCGACCCCAGGGACACCGCCCAGAGUGCCCGCUGCAAGCCUGGGGGCCGCCGCCGCGCCGACCAACCCACGGCAGAACUAUGGACCGAGCUGACUGGCCUGGUCGGCUGCUCCGAGUCUGAGGAUGCUCCAGGAGCGGGAGCGGAGGGCCGGCCGGCCGAGGUCUCCCUGGAAGAGGCUCUCGUGCGUCUUGCUGAGUUCCUGUCAGUCCAGCUGGGGGCGGAAGAGAGCUGCGGGUACCCUCCCGAUCUGAGCAAGCCUGGUGAUGUCCCCCCACUGUUGACUGUGACUGGUCAGCUCUUGGCCCUCCUGGCAUGGAUUCAGAGCCCCAGGGGGAGGCAGCCCCCGCCCCAGGGAACUCAGCCAGCCUCAGGAGUGCAGUCCCCCGCUCCUGCUGGAUCCACAUCCCAAGAGGAAAGCCCUUCCCUUUCACCAAGAGGUGAGGCCCAGGGGCAGCAGCCCCCCCAGCUGGAGGAGGACCAGAGGGCUUGGCAGCGGCUGGAGCAGCUCAUCCUUGGACAGUUGGAAGAGCUGAAGCAGCAGCUGGAACUGCAGGAGGAGGAGCUGGGCCGACUGCGCCUAGGAGUGGGGGCGACAGACUCCGAGAAAAGGGUUCAGCACCUAACCCUGGAAAACGAGGCCCUGAAACAGAGCCUGACCCUCACUCGGGACCUUCUGAGGCACUGGGGUCCCGGCCCCCGCGCCAGGGCCCCCCAGGAGGAGGCAGAGGCACUGGUGGAGCUCCAGGGCCGGCUUCAGGAGGCCCAGGACACCACAGAAGCCCUCCGAGUCCAGCUGGGGGUGCAGGAGGUGCAGCUGCAGGGCCUUCGGGGGGCCCUCCGGCAGCUCCAGCAGGAGACUGAGCAGAACUGCAGAAGGGAACUGCAGCAGGUGCACGGGAAGCUGGCAGGACUUCGGGCACGCAUGGCCAGCCUGCGUCAGGGCUGUGGGGACCUCCGAGGCCUGGUCAGCACCUUUACCCAGAGCUGUCAGGGUUCACUGAGCGAGGCCCGGGGCCAGGUAUCCUGGGCCUUGGGGGCACUGUCAGCCAGUGGAGCUGGGAUUCAGCUCCCCGAGGAGCAGCAGGCGCCCCCAGUUGGAUGCCCAGGGCGGCUGCUGGAGCUCAAGGGAAAUAUCCGUGUGCUGUGUCGGCUGAGGCCAGGGACACCCUCCAGCCUGGUGAGCUCGGAGCCAGGCCCGGGCGGCACUGUCACCACCUGCUAUCGAGGACGCCGGCACUGCUUCAGCCUGGACUGGGUCUUCCCUCCAGACGCCAGCCAGGAGGAGGUCUUCAGGGAGUUGGAGCCCUCUGUGCUGUCCUGCCUCCAAGGCUACAGCGUCUGCAUUUUCACCUACGGCCAGACUGGGACCGGGAAGACCUACAGCAUGGAGGGCCCACCUGAGGACCCCGGCAUAGCUCCUAGGGCACUGCAGUCACUGUUCCGGGAGAUGAGGACUGGAAGGCAGCACCGCGUGACUCUCAGCAUGGUGGAGAUCUACAACGAGGCUGUCAGGGACCUCUUAGCCCCGGGUCCUCCCCAGCGCUUGGCUGUGAGGCAGGGCCCAGCAGGCCAGGGGGGAAUCCAGGUGGCUGGCCUCACCUACUGGGACGUUCCCAACCUGGAGACGCUGCAUCAGAUGCUGAGCCUCGGGAGGAGCAACCGGGCCACUGCGGCCACCGCAAUGAACCAACACAGCUCUCGCUCGCACGCGCUGGUCACGCUGACGCUGCGCGCGGCGUGCCCUCCGCGCGGUUCAGGCACCGCAGGUACCACCGUCGUCCGGGCUCUGCGCUGUGGGGGGCGUCGCUACACCAGUGACUGGAGUUCCCUCCACGUGGGCUCGCUCGCCCCUGCAGGCACACUGCACCUGGUGGACCUGGCUGGAUCCGAGCGUGCCUGGAAGGCGGGGGCGGUCUGCAGGGCGCAGGGAGGCCCUGACGACGCCCAGCGUCUGCGGGAAGCACGGACCAUCAACCGCUCGCUGCUGGCGCUGGGUGGUGUGAUGGCCGCGCUGCGAGCCCGCCGGCCACACGUGCCCUUCCGCGACUCGCAGCUCACGCGCCUGCUGCAGCCGGCGCUGGGCCCCGGCGCCACUGCGCUGCUGCUGCUGCAGAUCUCUACGCGCCCGGAGGAUCUCGGCGAGACCGUGUGCUCGCUCAAGUUCGCCGAGCGAGUGAGCAAAGUGGAGCUGGGACCGGCCCGGCGCCGCAGGGUCCCGCGUUCUGGGACGCCUUCCUCCCUCAGCACCGACACACCCCUCACCGGGACCCUCUGCACCCCAACACCGUCCCCUGGCAGCCCUCCAAGUCCCGGCCCCGACAGCUGUUCCAGGUCGGCCCUCGCGCCCCCAGAGGACCUGCCCUCGUAGUUAUGCCCAAGACGUCUGGGCCUCUGCCGGCAGAGGCAGCGAAGUCCCUGCACUUCCACAACCUCCUUGACUUGAGCCCUCCCUUCCCCCACUCCCAGCGAAGAGUGUUCUGCCCCGGGGAACAACUGCCGGCCCCCUCGGCCCAGGCCCUCAGUUCCCUCCUUAUCACCAUUUGCUGUUAUCACAGCACCCGGCAGGGGGUCCCAGAGCUGCCACAGUCGCCACCAAAAAUCAGAAUUGGCAUUAAAUGUUGUCUGUUCCUUUA